AUGGACUCUUCUCAAACUACCAAGCUGGACCACCUUUUGCCUGUCAUGGCCGCCACAGCCAGCAGUGGCGUUUUACUUUCUGUGCUGAUAUUCGUCGCCCUCUUGGUCGGGCCAAAGAAUGUGCUUAAUGCGCUUUUUAAUGGCAUCUUGUCUCUUACAUACCGAAUUCCGGCUGUAAAUGGGAAGAAGCACAUGCCAGGUCCGGCAUAUACAUUUCCCAAUGGGCAAAUGGUUGAUAAAUUCCUGGCUGCGCGGAUCAGGAGUUGGGAGUGGGAGGAGAAAUACGGCAAGACGUACCGUAUCUGGGCUGCCAGCAUUCCUGAAGUUGUGAUCACUGAUCCCAAAGAUGUCGAGGCACUAUACCAUCAAUCAAAUGACCACUACAAGGCACCCCAGGCGAAUGCAGGCUGGCUCUUGACCCAGAUUCUUGGAUCAGGCCUGGGCUUGAUUAACGGGACUCGCUGGACUAAACUUCGGAAGACCUUGGAUCCAAUGUUCUCACAUCCGGCUGCCAUGCACUAUCUUCGCAAUAACCUCUAUGCUAGUGCUGAGGACUAUGUUGCCGGGAUACACAAGUUUGCUAAAGCAGACAAGCAGGAUGCAAAGGGUAAAGGAUUCGUCAUCAAUACCACGCAGGCACUGCAGAGAUAUCCUUUCUUUGAGGUUGCGUCGAUGUUCUAUGGCGAAAUGAACGACGUCGAGCAGGAGCGUCUGUGGGAACUCGGGCGUCAGUACUCAGAUGUUUUCUCGGCGAUCGUGUUUGGCGGCAUCCAUCGCUUUAAAAUGACCAAGUACUUGAGCACCAAGGCCUAUAAAGGCGCGAUAACCUACCAGAAGGCGUGGAAGAACUUCAACAUGAAUAUUUGCAGGGCGCGAGAAAUUACAGCGCCGCAGACGCCGGUUAUUCUCCUCAUGCGAGCUGCUGAAAGGGGCGAAAUAACAUCACAAGAGGUGACUGACACUAUUGCGGAAUCCACCUUUGCGAACCUAGACAUCGUUACCCAAGUCAUCUCGUCUUGCGUCAUUCUUCUGGCCGACUCCUUCGAGGUUCAGGGUGACCUUCUGAAGGAGAUGGAGGAAAAUAAGGCAGACCGAGAAAAUUAUAUCACUCGCAAGGACACGCUCCUUCAUUUCUGCUUGUUGGAGUCCCUUCGCCUUAGGCCAGUCCUUGCAUUCACAUUUCCUGAGAAUCCCCCUAGAGAGAAGAUCUUGGGGAACUUCGUGGUACCCAAAGACACCACCGUGAUUGUGGACGCUUACGCCAUCAACAUUCGCAACCCAUUUUGGGGCCCUGAUAACAGAUCAUAUAGGCCAAGUCGUUUUGCAGGUAUUAAACAGAACCAGCUCCGGUACAACCUUUCAACUUUCGGCUACGGGCCUCGAAAGUGCCUCGGGCAGCACAUCGCCGAUAAAAUCGUCAAGGCGGUGGUCUAUCACAUGUUCAGCAAGUACAAGGUUUCUCUCCAGCCGAUGCAAGGUCUAGAAGGAGACUUCAAAGUUGAUAAAACUAGCUGGGUGGGACUGUAUGAUGUCGAAUUGAAAUUGGAAGAAAGGGAAAUUGGUGUUGGUAGAACUGAGUGA